AUGACCGACCCUUCACCAUCAGACAGCUCAUUCGCGAGCACCUCUGGACCCCAAUGUUCUAUCUGCGAAAAGAACGCUGCUAUCUAUACCUGUCCGCGCUGUGCGACGCGAACAUGCUCGCUGCCUUGUUCAAAUUCACAUAAAUCUCAGACAAGAUGUUCGGGCUUGCGUGACAAAGCAAGAUACGUGCCGAUGAAUCAAUACAGCUUAGGAACCAUGAUGGACGACUUUGUUUAUUUGGAAGAGAUGGGACGAAAGGUGGGAGACUGGGGUAAGGAGAUCGUGCGCGGAGGGUUUGGCCCCGGGCAGUCUCUUGGUAAGUCGAGGGAUGGAGUUAUGGGAACGAGGGGAGGUUCUCAAGGGAGAGGAAGAGGACGCGGAAGGGGCGGUGUUCAGAGAACGAAAAGAGAUGUGUUGAAGAUGCAGCUUGAGUUGCGAGACGUCGAUGUGGAUAUGCUUCCGGCUGGGAUGGCAAAACGCAUGGUCAACCAAUCCACUUGGGAUUUUAAAAAUAGGACCGCCUUACUCACUAUCGAGUUUAAAUUCUAUCCUCCUCAAGAUCCCGCCGCCAAUCCAUCACAUCCUCAGGAUCCACCAUACACCCUGCUCACUCAUCGCAACAACUUCGACCUACCACUCAUCUCUCUCAUCCAGUCGCAAAUCAAGGAGCGCCUCAAAGGCAAACGCGAGAAUCCAUUCCCGCAUUGGCUCAAGCCUCUUAUCCUGCCCGACCAAGAAGUGCCCGAUUCCUUUACACCGCCGCAGUUUCUCAUGCCUACUGCCCUCGACCCACUGACAACGCCGCUGUCCAUUAAACAGUUUGCGAAAAUUGGCUAUCACAGGUUAGAAGCUACACAGAAGUUGUCUACACUGUUGAGGCAUAAACAUUUUGUCGAGUUUCCUGUCAUUGAAAUUUGGGAGGAAGGUGCGUUUCGGGGUCUUGUGGUAGAUGAACGUGGAGGGAUGCAGAGAGAGGGCGAUGAGAGAGUAGUCAAGCGACGCAAGCUUGAUAUCGGCGCAUCAAAAAAAGCGAUGAGCGGACUCUUGAGUGGGUAUGGAAGCGACGAAGAGCGGGAGGAAGACACUCCGAUCACUGUUCUGGGGGAUUACGCGGGAAGUGAAGAUGACGGUACGUUAGAUGACGAAGAUGAAGGUGAUGCGCUUGGUGCGGAGGAGCUGGAAGGUGACAGCGACGAAGACAAGGAGAUAGGACCGGUGGAUUAUGCCGCUUUGCUCGACAUUUUGAGGCAAAACGGUGUACACGAAGCAGGUGGAGAUGAUGAGGUUGACUGGGGCGAGGAUGAGGACGAGGUCAGAGCAUCAGCACGCAAUGCAUAA